UCUAACAUCUUACUUAGGGUUUUUGGUUUUUCAUCUUUAUCACCUUUCAAUCAUGACGGGCAAAGCCAAGCCAAAGAAGCACACUGCCAAGGAAAUAGCCGCCAAGGUCGACGCCGCCACAACCAAUCGAGGCGGCGGCAAGGCUGGAUUAGCCGACCGUUCGGGUGUGGAAAAAGGUGGACACGCCAAGUUCGAGUGUCCUCAUUGCAAAAUAACGGCUCCGGAUUUGAAGACCAUGCAGAUUCAUCACGAGGCUAAGCAUCCGAAGAUUCCAUUUGAAGAGUCGAAGCUUGUGAAUCUACAUGCUUCUCAUGUGGUUGAGCCUAGCAAGCCUCGUCCUGGUGUUAGGGGCAGCAUUAAAAAGUGAGAAAAACAUGAACAAAAAAUCUCUGCUUUCUUCAUGAUUUGAUGUUUUGUGAUGUUUGGAAAUCUGGGUUUGGUUCCUUUUUUUCAUCUUUUAAUUGUUUGUGACAGUAGCAGUCGAGAUGGGAAUUAGAAAAAAAGGGGGGUUGGUUUGGGUGGAAAAAAAAACUUAUUCUUGUAACCCCAUUCCCCCUGGUUUGAUGUCGAUGAUUAAUGGUUUUGUUAUAUCUUCAAAUGAAGUGUAUGUGCAAUAUAUUUUGUGUUAUUUUCCA